AUGUCUCUUCAUAAAAAAAAAGCAAAACUCGCUCAAGUUACCGAAGAUGAGGUAGUGGAUGAAAAGGCUAACGAAACUUUUAUAAUAUAUGGUACUCUCUUGCCUGAAGUUGAUUCUACAAGCUCUGAGGACAAGGGAAAAUUUCAACCAAUUUGGAAACAAGAAGUUCGUGAUGAGAAUGGUUUGAGGCGUUUCCAUGGAGCUUUCAAAGGCGGCUGGUCUGCGGGAUAUUAUAAUACGGUUGGCUCGAAAGAGGGAUGGAUUCCAUCCACAUUUGUUUCUUCACGGUCUAACAGAUCCGCAAAAAAAGAAAGUUUGCCUCAAGAUUUCAUGGAUGACGAGGAUCUCGAGGAAUUAGGUCAAAAUCAAAAAUUGGUGACAACCGAGGAAUUUGAUUUGUUGGGUUCUACAGAACGCGAAAAAGCACAGAAACAAGCAUUAGCUGCUUCUUUUAACGAAAACAGGAGUGGAUUCUCGGCUAUAUCUGAACGACUGAUAGAAGAUUUAGUUGUGCCUAGUAAGGAACCUGUAGGUGUGAGAUUGCUGAAAAAAAUGGGCUGGCGCCAAGGUCAAGGAAUUGGACCUCAUUCUGCGAUAAUUAAAUUUGACCAUAAAGACAAUACUUACGGGCUUGGGUUUGAUCCAUAUAAAAAUGCACCGGAAUUCGCUUCUAAAGUGAAAUCGAAUUCAAAAGUCGAACAAAGCCACUUGCAAACAGCAAACUCAUUACCUAUGAAAGGCGGAAUUGGUGUAGGUGCAUUAGAAGAGGAGGACGACGAGGAUAUAUACGAUACUACUUCAAUUCGAGAAUAUCGUACUUUAUUAAUAGAUGAAGAUGAGGAGGCUAUAUUUGUAGGGAAAAGACAAGACAAAAAACCACAAACGUUUGUAUCCAGCAAAAAAAAGUCAUCAUCCAUGCAAUUAUGCUACGACGGCAGCGAACCGUUAACCGGAUUUGUUUUGGCACAACGGCCUCUUCCUCUCAAUAAAUGGCAAGUGUUCACACCACCGGAGAUACCGACAGGGUUCGUGCCGAUUCAUUAUUUUGAUACGCCUGGUCCAGCAGAAACUCAAAACACAUCAAGUAUGCCGAGCAAUACUCACCAAAAAGUGACUACCUUGGCUAUUGUUGCUGAUCAGCGUGCAGCGAAACUAGGCGAGAAUCCUAUACAAGCUCCCGCGCGUUCUGUCUUUGAUUUCGUCUCGCGUCGAGAUAAAGAGCGACUCGAUAACUUGAUUGGGGCUUAUGUUGAAGUUAAGACGGAAGAUGUCCAGCAUGCGAAAUUUGUUAUACCCAAAGUUGAAAAAGAUGUUGCUACGGCGGCUUUGAAGGGAUUCAUACCAUUUGGCGAUAAUUUGUCGAAGCAGACUAGAUAUAAGCAAUUCUUAGAAUAUCAAGCUGGAUUAUCACAAGUUGAAUUGAGGCUUCCAGAGGAUUAUACUGCCGAUGAGUUUAGCAAAGAACUAGAUGAUUUUGCGAAAGCAGCCCGCAUAUUUCGUCCAAUGUCGAGCAUGAUUGCAUCUCGCUUCGCUAGCGCCAGUCCAUCAUCUAUAAUUCAAGAAUUUAAACAGCCCGAAGGAGGACUAAGAGCACCAUCCGGUAAAAAGUCAUUCCAAGAAGUAUCCACAACAGCAACCACGACUUCUACCACUGUUUUUGAAGAUUCGCGUUCCGCGGCAGAAGCAGCCGCCAAAAUGAACAUGUUUGGCGCUCUUACCCGCACAAGGGCCGAAUUUUACCCAAAUCGUCUUUUAUGCAAACGGUUCAAUAUUGCAAAUCCACAUCCGGAACAUAAAGGUGAUUCGUCAACUGGCAAAACGCAAAAAGGACAACAACAACCAUUGAGUAAAGAAAAAGUGGACGAAAUAAUGCAAGAGAGAAGCACGCAGUCAUUUGUGAAUAAUACUAAUAAUGGCAGCUCUGCGACAUCCACUCAGACAAUAACGCAGUCCGAAAGUUUGCAAGAAAAAGAUCCUGAGGAGUCUAAACCCGAUUCGGAGAAUAAAGAAACUGUAGCUAUUAAUUAUGUACGUCCUUCUAUGGAUAUAUUCAAGGCUAUCUUUGAAUCGGAAUCAGAUUCUGAAAGUGAACAAGAAGAAACUUCAAAGAAAAAGGUUCCGCCAAAUUUGGUCUCUCACCCGAUAGAUGCACCAAAACCCGAUGAGUCAAUAAGUGUUCAAGUUGCUAGUAAUGUUGCAGUAUCUUCGUCUUCGCCUAUUAUUAAACAAGAGAAAUCAGAAACAUCAUUUCGACCGAUGUUUAUUCCAAAAUCGGAUAGAGCCAACGAUCGGACAUUAGUAUCAUCAACUUCAUCACCUUUCAAAUCAUCAGAGUCAGUGCAAAAAGAUCAUGUAUCUACUGCUGGACCGCUAUCUUUCCUUGAUGAUAUUCCACAAACUGAAUCGAAUCACAAACGCUCAUCUUUGCGUGAUGAGUCUAAAACCACCGAUGUCAAAGAAAAAAAAACAAUUUCUUCCCCCGUAAAAGAAACAAAACCUACUAUAGAGAACAUUGCAAAUGAUUCUACCCGCAAUCACGAAGAGCUUCGAAUAUCGCGUCAACAUAUCUCCAAAAAACAAAAAAGAGAUGACUCGGAUGACGAAUAUACUCGUCGCCGGCAUAAAAAUCACAAGAAAUCAACUAGCUCCAAGCAGCGUUCUUCCGCUUCUAAAAAACACAAGAAACAAGAAGAUUCAAAUUCAGAUCAUUCUCAGACCAGUUCAUCUGAAAGCAGCAGUAACGAAGUUGUUCGUCGUCGUCAUAAAAACAAGACCAAACGUCAUAAAAAGGAAUAUUCGUCCUCAAAGAAAAAAUCCAAAAAACAUUCAGGUCCGAAACCACAUCGUCCUAGAGCAAUGGACUAUUGGGAUUAA